CCUCCCUAACCCUGCCCUGACACCCAUUCGUCACCCAUCUGCUCUUAGACUCUGGCCGUUACCAGCCCGGUGAGUCGCGGCUCAUCUCCCCCCGCUGGGUGCAGACGCUCGACCGAGACUGACGCAGGCGGGCUUUGGGCUGCCUGCGGGCCGCGCAGCGAACUGCGUCACGGCCGUACGGACCUCGCAGAAAGUUCCUGUGAUCGCAAAACGGGAAGUGAAGCCGCCGAGUGUGUAGUCGCGGCCGCUGCUGCUCUACGCCAGCUCGCUUUCUCUUUACAGAUGGAGGUGGAAACUUUAAGGCAAUGGUGCUACACACGCAUUCCGUAACUCGGACCUUUCCGCCAGAGAGUGAAUCCAAAGAGACCCGGGAGGUUCAGCCGAACAUGUCGGAGUGGGAUUUCCGAGCGCAGUACCUGUACCUUGUACCUGCUAAGAUCAUGUGCGACUUCGGCGCGGUCAUGGAUAGCCUGUCUGAUUCGGACUGGGCGAGGUUCGCAUCCCACGUGCUGAGUGACCAGACUGAGGUCCGGCUGGCUCUGAAGAGAGAGAGGCGGACAGACGGCGUGAUGAGCACGUGGGGCAAUCGCAAUGGCACUGUCGGGGACCUGCUGUCUGUGCUUGAGGAGCUGAAGCUGCACCGGGCCCGGGACAUCAUUCUGAGUCAGCUGCCAAAAUGUCCCCGGCCCAUGGACUGCAGUCCUCCAAAGCCCCCGCUCCCACACUGCCCCCUUGACCCAGACUUCAGUCCGCUACCAGUGGUGAACCCUCUUCCCAAUCCUGGCCCUCCACCUUCAGAUUUGGACUCGGAUCAAGAAAAAGAAGUACUCACGGUUCCACAGUCAGUGGUGCCCCCUGUGCCACCUUCCAAUGCCAUGUGCUGGUCGUUUGAGGAGGUGCAGCAAGGCACAAAUAAUUUCUCAGCUGCAAGGCAGGUCGGAGAAGGAGGGUUUGGACACGUGUAUCGGGCGAAUAUGAAGAACACGGAGUAUGCUGUUAAGAGGCUAAAAGAGCAGGACUCUCGACUAAACUGGACGUUUGUGAAGGAAAGUUUCAAGACUGAGGUGGAGAAACUGUCACAAUACCGGCAUCCUAACAUUGUGGAUUUUGCGGGAUAUUGUGUGGGAGGAGGGACACACUGUUUACUCUAUGUUUUCAUGCCCAAUGGCUCUCUGGAAGACUGGCUUCACAGGAAGAAUAAUGCUGCCCUCUCCUGGCCACAGCGUGUCAAUGUGUUGCUUGGGUCAGCUAAAGCCAUCCAGUUCUUACACAACAGCAACCCACAGCUCAUUCAUGGAGAUAUUAAGAGCUCAAAUAUCCUCUUAGGGGAGCAUAUGGAGGCAAAGCUGGGGGACUUUGGAUUGGCUCGGUUCUGCCAUAGUCCGCAUGGGAAAUCCAUCAGAACCACCACUGUGGCUCAAACCAAAACAGUGCGCGGGACACUGGCUUACCUGCCGGAUGAGUACGUCAAAGGGGGCGAGCUGGGACUGUGGAUCGACACCUACAGCUUUGGCGUGGUUUUACUGGAAGUACUGACUGGUCGCAGGGCAAUGGAAGUAGACAGCCAGUCUCGAACCUUGUAUCUGAGAGAUUUGGUUAUGGAGUGUGAGGAAGAGGGAGAAGCUGCAACACACAUCUGGAAGAAACACUUGGAUCCCCAAAUUGCACCUGCGGAUAAGCCAGGCCCUUUGGAGGCUUUGGACAUCUCGUCGUUGGCAUGCCGCUGUCUGGACCGUAGGAAAAAGAAGCGCCCCCCGAUGGCCGAAGUAUUUGAAAGGAUUCAAGAAAUUAGUACAGUACAAGAGGUGGCCACGCAGAGGUCUCCCAAACCUUGCAUCCACUCAGUCCCCAGACAUCACUCUCCUCCUACUGCCCCUCCCUCUGCUUCUGUUGACCAAUCCCUGGCAUCCCUCACUGAACAAGAACUGAAGUUGGAACCCCAAGAGGACACUUAUCACUGCCUCCCAAAUCAACACUCCGGCCUGCCUCAGCCUAAAACACUUUGCUCACAGGGACAAACAUCAGGGACGACCAGUGAAAGUUGGGGACCUCGGCCACCCUCCUUCCAGGUCCCUUGUGAGUCUGAUGAGAGUCAAGGCUACUCCCAGUACAGUGCCUCUGCUCAGGCAUCAUUUUGUCAGAGUAGAGCUGUCCAGUCUCCUUCUCUUUGCCAGGACUGUCAGCUGGAAGCUGGGAGCUUAUUGAGGUCCACGCAGGCUAGUGCUGCACAAGCAAGAUCUCUGACAGGCAAUGACAGUAAAAGGAUUGUUGUAAAUUCUGUCAAACAACGUUUUGUCCAGAAGAUGGCACUCUAUGAGGAGGGAAAGAUUCCAAUGUCUGACCUCCUUUCGUCUGAUGAUGGCACGUGCGGGCAGAGCCGAGGACCAGAGGAGAGUGAUGAGUUUGAAAGUUCGUAUGCGGAGGCCGGUCGACCACCUGAAAACAGGCCUUUUUAAACGUGGACAAUUACCAUACAUGAAAGUGCUCUUUCAGAUUUGCAUUUCUAAAUUGAACAGUGGGGCUACUUCUAAAUAUGUCCCGACAGUUACAUGUUACUGUGAUAGGUAAGUAGUAAGCAUAGAUUCUGUCUCCCGAUUUAGAUCUUUUUGAUUGAGGUUGAUUUUCUUUAUGUAAAAUGUAUUUCAUUAUAACAUUUUGAAAAUGCAUUUUUGAAACUACAAGUGACUUUUUAUUUAUUUUUUAUUUUUUAAACAAAUCUUUUCCACUUAUUUGUUCCACUUAUCAGAAACUGCAGUACCUUUGCUACCAGUUUUUAUUUACAUAUUUGUAAGUUCAAUGAUAAAUCUGUAUAUGUAUGAUUGAAGAUCUCUCUUCAGAUGAAGUUCUCAUUACCAGAAUUGUUUACAGGAUGUUAUAUUGUAUGAGCCAUGUUUCUAUAUGGCACUAAGUUGGUAGUAUUUUGCAUAUGAAUGCACUGUAUUUAGUAAUCAAUGUAAUACGUUGGAUUGUUGUUAUUUAAAUCUGUAAUACAUGUCAGGUGUUAGAAGCAGUGGUUCAUGAAGGGCUGCAGAAAACUUUUGAUAUCUGGAAUGGUGUGUAUUGUUGCUACUGAACCAGAACAUGUUUCCUCCAGUUGACCAAAAAUUACAGUGCUGUACGAGGGAUACUUUAUAUGGAAUCUUUUUAUUUGUGUAACAGUCACACUUGAUUAAACAUUCUUAAUGAUCAUAGUAGAAGCUGUUAAAACAAGAUUGUUUUAAAUUCCCUUAGUGUUAGCAUUCCACUUGAUAUCAGCAAUACAAAGCAGAUAUAUUAAAAUAGCUUUUAAAUUCCA